AUGUCCACCGAUCAGUCUAGUUCCUUUGAGUCUGGGCGACAUACUGUGGAGAACACCGCAUUAUCAAUCGCACAUGUUCAGAAUGCAACUGAGGGGCUAUCAGAACUCGACAGUAACCAAGGUGGCGACUCUGACGAUGACGAUGUUGUGGAAAAACACAGCAGCAAUGACAAUGAAACACCUACCAUCUCCGAGAAGCGCAGGAUCGAGAACGCUGUGUUGAAGGAAUACGCGGAAAAACUAUGCGCCCGAAAGACCAAAACACAGAUCAAGGAAGUCCUUAAAACAGAGAAAGAUGAGUCACUAUCUAUUCGCGAGCUUCUCGCAAAACAAGAGACAAGUAAGCGAAUCGAGACUCCUAGGGACUACCAGAAUGAAUUGUUCGAAAAGGCCAAGGAGCAGAACAUAAUUGCCGUAUUAGAUACAGGCUCAGGCAAGACACACAUCGCAACACUGCUCCUUCGCUGGAUCCUUGACAAGGAGCUUGCGGACCGUGAGGCAGGCUCUCCAUACAAAACUGCUUUCUUCCUCGUCAAUUCCGUCAACCUUGUCUUUCAACAGAGUGACUAUUUACAGUGCAAUCUCGACAGAUCAAUCGAGGGCAUCUGCGGUGCUAACUCUUGCUCACUUUGGAGCCGCGCAACAUGGGAAGUCAAGCUCAAGAAGAAUGAUGUUAUAGUUUGUACAGCUGAGGUCCUAAAUCACUGCCUCAUGCACUCCUUCAUCACGAUGGACCGCAUUAAUCUUCUGAUCUUUGACGAGGCUCAUCAUGCUAAGCCAGGAGCGAAUCACCCCUAUGCAGUCAUAAUGAAGGAGUACUACAUGAAGCUACUUGACAUCACAAAGCGACCCAGGAUAUUCGGCAUGACAGCCUCCCCCGUUGAUGCAAACAACGACAUCGAGGGAGCUGCGCAGGACCUAGAAAGCUUACUGAAUUGUCAGAUUGCGACUGCAUCUAAUCUCGACUUGGUACGCAACUCUAUACACAAACCCAAGGAGGAAGUCGUUAGGUACAAGCGAUUGCGUCCACCUUUUGAGACGGCCUUUCACCAGAAACUAAAGGAGAUGUACGGUGGGUCCAAGAGCUUCGAGAAACUCUCUCGCACUGCCAAGGAGUUAAGUUCCCAACUGGGUAGCUGGUGUUCCGACAUCUACUGGCAAUUUGCCUUUGAAGAAGAAGAAGCUCGGAAGCGCGAGAAUCGUAAGGAGAGGGAGUUCUCGGCUCGGAAAGGUGACCGUGUUAUGGCUGAGCUGGACACCGAAAUCUCAAAGCUUAAGGCUGCUUCCGAAAUGGUAACCGGGCGAGACUUUGGUAUUCCUGCAGCCAAUGAAAACUACCUGAGCUCGAAGGUAAUCGUCCUCCAUGAAUGGCUUCAGAGUUACUUCGAACGAGAAACUACUAGUCGGUGCAUCGUCUUCGUUGAGAGACGUGCUACUGCUCGCUUGUUGCACCUGCUUUUCGGAACCAUCGGGGGCGAAUAUCUCAGGGUUGGACGUCUCGUGGGAAAUGGGAGUGGGAAGAAAGGCGAAAUUCAAGCUGCUUCUUCAACACGGGAGCAGUUCUUGACUAUUUCCAGAUUCCGGAGAGGAGAACUGAACUGUCUUUUCGCUACAUCAGUUGCAGAGGAAGGUCUCGAUAUUCCAGAUUGUAACUUGAUUGUGCGCUUCGACCUUUACAAGACCAUGAUCGGGUAUGUCCAAUCGCGUGGUAGGGCUCGUCGCAACAACUCGGUGUUUCUGCACAUGGUCGAGCACGGAAACUAUACUCAGGUUGAAACAGUCCUUCAGAGCCGACAGUACGAAGAAAUAAUGCGGAGAUUCUGCGAAUCGUUACCGGAAGACCGCUUGCUAGACAGAAAGAGUGAGAAUCUCGAGGCCGCCCUGAGCGAGGAGCGAGGGCUGCGCUCAUACACAGAUGCUAAGAGUGGUGCUCGAUUGACAUAUCGCCUUAGUCUCGCUGUUCUUGCACACUUCGUUGACUGUCUCCCGAAACAGGGUGAGAUGGAUGUUGAAGCACAGCCAAUCUACACUACCUUCAGCACCGGGGGUAAGUACCGGUGCGAGGUCGUCUUACCUGCGCACUCUCCCGUCUCGUCGGCCACCGGACGGCUGUACUCUAGAAAGAUUACUGCACGAUGCUCCGCUGCAUUUGAGGCCUGCAUCAUGCUUCGCCAAAAGAUGUUUUUGGAUGAAUGUCUACUGCCGAUAUAUGCCAAGGUUCUUCCAGCUAUGCGAAAUGCGAAGUUGGCGCUCGAUAUGAACAGUAAGAACUUGUACCCCAUCAAAAUGAAGCCCGACUUCUGGGCUCAUGGUCGGGGUCAGGUACCUACCACUGCUUAUCUUACUUUGCUGGACGUUUCGGACGGUCUGGACAGACCUCAUAGUCCUCUGGGCUUGCUGACACGCAAACCUUUACCUUCUUUCCCCAGGUUCCCCAUCUUUAUGGACGAUGGGAAGAGAACAGAUGUGAUAUCUGUGUCUGUAUUAGAAGGUAUUAGCAUUACCGAAGAUGAUGCCGAAGGCCUGACUGCAUUUACUCUGCGGGUAUAUUCUGAUUUAUUUGCGAAGACGUUUGAACACGAUACAGCAAAAAUGUCGUAUUGGCUAGCACCACUCGGACUCACUAGUGAACAGAUAAGUGCCGGUAACUUAUCUGGUGAUCUGAUCGACUGGGGCCUGAUUCACCAAACAGUCCGCCAGCAGUCUUUGGAAUGGAAAGAAGACAUGCCGAAUGAAUUUCUGAGUGACCGAUUCCUUGUGGAUGUUUGGGAUGGUGGUAGACGAUAUUAUUCGCUUGAAGUCGCGCCGGAAUACCAGGCCCAGGAUGUGGUUGAACAAGUUAAGAAAGGGGCUAAGAAGGUACAACAGCGAGUCAUAGACUACACCGUGAGCCUUUUCAACAAAUCUGCGGCGUAUCAUAGGGAUCGAUGGAACAUGAAUCAACCGGUGCUGAGAGUCGAAAGAACAUCUUUCCGAAGAAAUCUAUUGGCGCCCCCGGAAGCCAAAGAAAGAGACCCUGAAAAGCAGGUCUACGUAUGUCCUGAACCGCUUCGUAUCUCAAUAAUCCCACCAGAGACAGCAGUCUUCUGUUAUGCCUUCCCAGCAAUAAUCCAUCGACUUGAGUCAUAUCUCGUGGCACUUGAGGCUACUCAGAUACUAGGACUCGAUAUCGGGCCCGAGUUUGCUCUUGAAGCCAUGACCAAAGACUCGGACAACACAGACGAACACGAAAAUGUGCAAAACAAUUUCAGACGUGGGAUGGGUAGUAACUAUGAACGACUGGAGUUUAUUGGCGACUGCUUUCUGAAGAUGGCGGCUUCUAUCGCCCUAUAUGUUCAGAAGCCCGAGGAUAACGAGUUCUUUCAGCAUUGCGAGCGGAUGACCAUGACUUCCAACAAGAACUUGUUCGAGACAGCUAUCAGACUAAGGCUCCCAGAGCACGUUCGCAGUUUCGCCUUCUCUCGACGCCUGUGGUACCCUGAUAGUAUCACUCUGCUAGGAGGAAAGGGACACAAAGCCAAAGAUGGUGAGGGGCCACAGAUACAGAAGCAUUCACUUGGAGACAAGACUGUCGCCGACGUCUGCGAAGCCUUCAUCGGCGCUGCCUAUAUGCAACACAACGACCCCAACCAUUGGGUGGGCAAGCACUGGGACAAUGCCGUCAAAGCAGUGACAGCCCUAGUGUCAUCGGACAUACAUGCGCAAACCUGCUGGGCCGACUACUUCGCCAGCUACAAAGUCCCCCCUUGGCAGAUCUGCGAAGUGCGUCCCCAGCAAAGUGCCAUGGCCGCCGCGAUCGAAUCUAAACACCCGUACCACUUCAACUACCCACGCCUGCUACGCUCUGCCUUCAUGCACGCCUCCUAUGGCACCGCCAUCGAGCGCAUCCCCUCCUAUGAACGCCUCGAAUUCCUCGGCGACUCCCUCCUCGACAUGGUCUUCAUCAACGACAUCUUCUACCGCUUCCCGCACGCCGACCCGCAAUGGCUCACCGAGCACAAAAUGCCCAUGGUCUCCAACAAAUUCCUCGCAGCCCUGUGCGUGCGCCUGCGCUUCUACCCACAUAUCAAGCGUAAUGCCGCAAAACUCGACUCCAACAUCAAGGAGUGGGUCGAUGAAAUCACCGAGCUGGAGCGCGCGUCCAAGGGCGAGCCAGACUACUGGACUGCCGCAAAGGAGCCACCCAAGGCCCUCGCCGACGUUGUCGAGGCGUUUGUCGGCGCCCUCUUUGUCGAUAGCGGCUUCGAUUUCAGUCAAGUUCAGCGGUUCUACGACUUGCACGUCAAGUGGUUCUUCGCUGACAUGAGUGUCUACGACGCUUUUGCUAACAACCACCCUACCACCCGGCUGCAGAAUCUCCUCAGCGUCAAUCUCGGAUGCCGCGAGUAUCGUAUCGCGACUAGGCCCCUGGAAAGCGUGUUGCCGGGCGCGAAACCGACGGUGCUGGCGAUGGUCAUGGUGCAUGGGCGGGUUAUUGCGCAUCAUGAGGCGGAGAGCGGGCGCUAUGGGCGUGUGAAGGUGAGUACGAAGGCAUUGGAUCGAUUGGAUGGCUUGCCGCCGUUUGAGUUUCGGGCGUUGUAUGGCUGUGAUUGUGUGCACCAGGAGGAAGAGGACAUAGUUGAGAUGGAGACUUUGAAGGCUGGGAAGGUUGAGGAGUUGUUGCAAACGCAAGGCAAUGCAGUGAAUGAGAUGAGUGAUGGGCCAGGAGAGAAGUUGGGCGUUGAUGUUGUCGUUACGGAGGACGUUAUGAUGGAGGACAUAGUUGUUACAUGA